AUGGCCAGUCCCAAUGUGCUUUCCUUCGAUACUGAGGGUCGAGCAGUCGAUUUUGAGGUCUGGGUCGAUGAUCUGCAGCUUUUCCUGCGGUGCGAUAACAAGGACGAUAUCUCACUGAUCGAUCUCACGUCUGGCGCCUCUGCUGCCCCUGCUGCCGAUGCUGACAGUACUGUUCGCUCACAGUGGACCACACGCGAUGCUGCUGCCCGCCUUGCUGUGCGUAGUCACCUGCCGUCCUCUGAGCUCGCGCACUUUAGUUA